UUGUCAGUCGGAAGGGUUAAGAUCAUUUGGCGAAGGUAUGAGAUCGUGGAACUCUUGUUUCUGAUACAUUACACAUCGUAACAUAAAGAGUUUGGCACACUAAAAUCGGCUUCAUUAACACUUAACGUUACGUAUGCCAAGCAAGUUCGAUAAUCUAACGUUGCGACGAUACUUCCCAGGAGUAGGCGUAUAAGCCAUGACUUCAUUACGAAAACCUGCCACUCUAGAUUCCCUUACUUGAUAUCGUUAACGUCUGCAGCGAUAACCCCCCUCCUUCUUCCUGCUCGGUGUUUAGGUCGACCUAACCCAAUAUGGCGAGCAGUGAUCAUGUGACAACCACGGCAAAAGAUAAACAUUACGUCCCAGUCACGCCUCUUUUUCUACGGAGCAGAGCGUAUCCAUGUUCCUUCAAUGCUCUAGCAAUUCUGAUUUCAAUGGCUCUCCUAAGUAUGCCGCGAUAAUGUCAGAACAACUUCUCACAUGGUGUUGCGAAACACACGACCGGGGCGGCCGGGGCAAAGGACGAAAUGACGUCAUUGUAUUGUUGCCACCUGUUAAGUAGUGAGGUGUUGAGUCACCUUCGUACACGUGGAAGUAGCGACGCAGCCACUGUUUACGCUUUAUCGACACGUGCAUAUAUUUGAUGAAUUGACCAAUCAAAUCGCCUGCCUAUGUUUUGUUUUCUAUUUCGGGGGCCGUUGGUUAUCUCCACGUUGGAAGGAACACGUUGGAAGGCUAAGGAAACGAAUAAAAAGCCAUGCACAAUUCUGAAGCACAUUGUAAAUUUAAGAAGCGACACAGACGCAUACAGUGAAGCAAGAACAGGUGUGAGGAAGAGAACUUCAAGUUUCUUUCGUCUCUUUUUGGUCCUGAAUCGCGUCACCGAGUAUUUCAGAGACAACAUGGGUCUACUGAUGUCCCGCCUGAUGAACCUGAUGCAGGCCGCCUUUAAGGACACGCCUGCCCGUAUCCUCAUGCUGGGGUUGGACGCCGCAGGUAAGACGACAAUCCUGUACAAGCUGAAGCUGAACGAAACCGUGACGACCAUCCCGACCAUCGGCUUUAACGUGGAGGAGGUGAGUCCCACCAAGUACGUGUCCUUCACCGUGUGGGACGUGGGCGGGCAGGAGAAGAUCCGUCAGCUGUGGAGACACUACUACCAGAACUCAGAAGGUCUGAUAUUCGUGGUGGACAGUGCAGACCGUACCCGGCUGGAGGAGGCUUGCGAGGAGUUGUUCGGGAUCCUGGAGAGCCCGGAAUUUCCCCGGGGAACCCCGAUAGUAGUCAUCGCUAACAAGCAAGACUUGCCUAAUGCUGCGAGCUGCUCCGAGAUCGUGGAGAAACUGCACAUGAGGAAGCUCGUCGACAACCAGUGGCACGUCCAGGGCGCAUGCGCAGUUACCGGGGACGGUGUGUAUGACGCUGUGGAACAUCUGGGCAGGAUGGUGAAGGACUACAGGAAGCAACACCCGCGCUGAGCAUGCGCAAUACGGACAGAUAACUGAGCUGUGCGGGCACAUGCUAUUGUUGGCUGCUCCUUAAAUCCUAGGCUGAGACGCUUGGGUAAAUUAUUCUUUUUACUUAAGUCAGUUGUUUUGAAACAGUCUAUGGAAAAUGAAUCUAUACAACACCUAUAUACAUUUGGUGGGUCAUACGGUCAUUGUGGACCAAGAAUAACACUGUGCUAGGCCUCGCUGCCAUUGUACAUCGACUUAGAUAUAUGUUCACUCCUAAGAUGUACAAUUAGCCACUGAGAUUUAUACAAACAGUGUUGUUGCCUCUUCAGGUGAUGACUAUUCAACAAGUUGAUGAUCAUAAUGUAUGACCUAGAUGCAAUAUCAGUGUGGAUCGGCAGGGGGUACUACAGUACUGUCUUUGGUUACAGUGACAGCAUGUGUCACGUUGAGCAAUGCUUUUGUUUAUACGUUUAUCUGUUGAGUCGUAUAUAUUUGUAAUAACCUGUAAAUACUUUGUACGACGUCGGGACAGGAGGUGUUCAGAUGAAAGGAAUUUGUAUUUUGUGUUUGUCCGUUUUGUGCACAUGUUUGUUCAUAAUCAUAUAUUUACUCACGCCUUCGUAUAUCGAUGAUUAAAGGACAUGACAAUUGAA